AUGGGCUAUAUUUGUGCUGUAAAGAAUUGUGGACACAAUACUGCUAGAGAUAAGGGUAAAUACAGAUUUUUCAGGUUUCCAGCGAUAAUAGUAAACCAAGGCGAAGAAAUUCGCGAAUUGAGCAAACUGCGAAGAAGGCAGUGGUUUGCAAAUAUUUACAGGAAGGAAUUAGACGAUAAGAAGGCUGAAAACUCUCGAGUUUGUAGCAGUCACUUUAUUUCUGGUAAGUAAAUAAUAUGUAGAAUAAUCUCUUUUCGUACAAAAAUCCUGCCAACGGACCAAAUGAUAGCUGAACUAACCAUCGUCUCGUGCACAUUUUGGCGCGUAUGGUUCUGUAAUCUUUGCAUAGCUGCAUGGAUUUUGAGAUCACCUAGUCAUUUCUAAAUAACUGUCUGAAAUAAUAACCUUAACUUAAGAUUUGCUCUGUGUUUACAAUGCUAUUUGAAAAAGAAAGAUUAGGUCGCAUGGGCUAUUUUAUUUACUUACUUGCAGGAGAGCGUGCAGAGCUCUUGGAGACCACCAACCCUGACUGGGCACCUACUGUGAAUCUUGGUCAUGACAAAAUUAAACAAAAUGUUUCCCAGCUAGCAGUUUCCCGAAAUGCUCGUGCUCAAAAGAGGAAUGAAAAGAAACGGAAAUACGAUGAGAUGGCUUCUUCCUCUACAUCUAGAAAAAGUGGUGAGGUGGAGGUUGUUCAAGAAAAAGAAUAUGUUGAGCCUGAAACAUCUAGUAAGUGUACAUUAUCACUUUUUGGGCCCUAAAAUGUCAAGUACUCUCCACAACGGUAUUUUAAGUGAAUGGAGAUUACCGGCCUCCUGCCUUCACUCUUUUUUGUAGAAAUUAUCACUUACAUAUCAAGUCAUUUAAAAUGAUAAACUUCAUAAUCCUGUUUUUGGCAUUGUUUGCAUGCCUUCUUCAAGCCUACCACUAAGUUUCAUGAGUCAUUCAGUUAACAUACGUUUCAUGUAUGUAUUUUUCAUUGCAGUGAGUGUGAGCAAUUUCUCUGCAGCCUCAUGUUCACUAGAUGAAAGCAUUAAUCUUGCUGAUAACAGCAAUGAUGACAAUGACGACUACAACAAAUGUUGCCAGACUGAAAAUGUUGUUUUAGCAGAGGAGUACUGCCAGACUGAUCUUGACAUGGCUCAACUGGACAGACAGCAGAUCUACAUGCAAGAUAUCACUGAUGAGCUCAGCAGCACAAAAGGGCAACUGCUAUCGGCUCAGCUAACUGAGGAUAGCUUCAGAGAUAAUGAUGAUAAAACUAAGUUUUACACUGGAAUCCCCAAAUUUAGUCUUUUAAUGCAUGUCCUUAAUCUUAUUGCUCCCCACAUUAAAAGAAACACCCAAAAUGCACUUAGUCAGUUUCAGGAAUUCCUGUUAGUUUUAAUCAGAUUAAAACUUAAUUCCCCAUUGCAGGAUUUAGCUUAUCGAUUUAAUAUAUCUGUGCCAACUGCACACAGAAUAUUUGACAGGUGGAUACAUGUAAUGUCUGUUAGACUUAAAUUCUUAAUUCAGUGGCCAGAGCAUGAGGAACUGCAAGCCACCAUGCCUGUGGUUUUCCAACGCAACUUUGGCAAAAAAGUUGCAGUCAUUAUUGACUGCUUUGAGAUAUUUACAGAAAGACCAUCUAGCCCAAUUGCUAGGGCAAUGACGUGGUCUAACUAUAAACAUCACAAUACUGUUAAGUUUCUCAUAGGUGUAACACCACAAGUUGUUAUCUCAUUUAUAUCAAAGGCAUGGGGUGGGAGAGUCAGUGACAAAUAUCUUACUGAAAAUUCUGGUUUGUUGAGGAAACUUUUACCUGGGGACAUAGUGCUUGCAGAUAAGGGCUUUGAUAUAGCUGACAGUGUGGGUUUUUAUCAAGCUCGCCUUCAUAUACCGGCAUUUACCAGAGGUAAAAAACAGCUCUCUGCAGAGGAAGCAGAGGAGACAAGGAAAAUUGCUAACGUAAGAAUCCAUGUAGAAAGAGUCAUUGGUCUUGUACGCAGAAAGUACACUAUAUUACAAGGAAUACUCCCUAUUCAGCUAGUGACAGCUCGGCAAGGAGAUGAUUUGGCUCCAAUAGACAAAAUUGCAAUAGUUUGUUGUGCCCUUACUAAUCUAUCAGAGUCCAUCGUACCUUUUGAUUAA